CGUGGCUACGGAGUUUGUCAUCAACACCUGUAAUGCAGGCUCAGGCACUCUGUCUGUCAACAUCGACGGUCCAUCCAAGGUUAAGAUGGACUGUCGGGAGUGUCCCGAAGGCUACAAAAUCACCUACACACCAAUGGCACCUGGCAACUAUCUCAUCACCAUCAAAUACGGCGGGCCGCAGCACAUCGUGGGCAGCCCUUUCAAAGCUAAAAUCACAGGCGUCCGACUCUCAGGGGGGCACAGUCUCCACGAGACUUCAUCUGUUUUGGUGGAAACAGUUACCAAGUCUUCCAAGGUGGGAGGUGCUUACAGCGCCUCCUCCACCUCCAGCUCAACGAAGCUGUCAUCUGACGCCAGCAAAGUGGUGUGUCGCGGAGCGGGUCUGUCUAAGGCUAUGAUUGGACAGAAAAACAAUUUUACAGUCGACUGCAGCAAAGCAGGUACCAACAUGCUGAUGGUGGGCGUACAUGGGCCGCAAGCUCCGUGCGAGGAGGUGUACGUCAAACACAUGGGCAACAAGCUCUACAACGUCACCUACACCGUCAAGGACAAGGGCAGCUACACUGUCAUUGUCAAGUGGGGUGAUGACAACGUCCCUGGGAGCCCCUACAAAGUCGCUGUACCCUAAAAUAACUCGCCCAUUGUUCCGUCUCUCACUCCACCCGCCCCCUUCAGCUUUUACUUAUCACGUGCACGCAUCAAAAUACCCAGAACGUUGCUCUCCAGUGGAUCCAACUUUACUAAAGCAUUUGAUUACAGUUUUGCUGAUGAAACAGUAACUGUGGUGCCAAAGAUUCU